GCAUGCGCUGUUCUGGCUUCCUGCUCUGUUGUUGUUUUUUCCAGAUCCAAGAUGGAGGUCGGCUUCACGGGGAAAGAGGCCUACCGGCAGCAUUUCAGCCCCAAAGACUAUCUCAGCAUGCAUUUGCCGUUUGGGAGCGGGAGCGCGCCCGGCUGCGAGGCCCUCUUCUCCUUCGUCCUGGAGAAGCUGCACCAGGCCUUCCUCCCGAGCGGCAUCCAAGGAGACACCCUGAUUGAUAUCGGCAGCGGUCCCUCCAUCUACCAGCUCCUCUCCGCCUGUGAGUCCUUCAAGGAGAUCAUUGCCAGUGAUUUCCUUGAGCAGAACCGGGAGGAGAUGCAGAAAUGGCUGAAGAAGGACCCGGAAGCAUUUGACUGGAGUCCCAUCGUGAAAUAUGUCUGCCAGCUGGAGGGGAACAGGGAGAAGUGGGUGGAAAAGGAAGAGAAGCUCCGGAGGACCGUCAAGCAAGUCCUGAAAUGCGACGUGACUUUGGCCAACCCUUUCCAUCCUUUGGUGGUCCCUCCGGCCGACUGCGUCCUCUCCACUCUCUGCCUGGAAGCGGCCUGCCAAGACCUUCCCACGUACCGUUCUGCCGUGAGGAACGUGGGCUCCUUGGUCAAACCCGGGGGCCACCUUGUCUUCGCGGUGGUCACUGAGGAGACCUUCUACAUGGUUGGCCCACACCGCUUCUCCUGCCUUUACUUGACCAAAGACAGGGUCGAAGAGGCCGUGAAAGAGGCUGGGUUUUGCAUUCGUUGGUUUGAAAUGGUCGAGGCGCAUUUGCCGCCAGAGAUCACUGAUGUUCACCAUGUGGCUGUUCUAGUGGCCCAGAAACAGCAUUAGGGGCUGGCGGAGGAGACAAUAGCCAAGCAGAUGCCCAUAGCCACAAUGCUGAGGGACCUGGGCUGCUUAUUGUGACAGAAUACAGACAAAAAUAGAAUCCUAGAGUUGGAAGAGACCUCCUGGGCCAUCCAGUCCAACCCCAUUCUGCCAAGAAGCAGGAAAAUUGCAUUCAAAGCACCCCUGACAGAUGGCCAUCCAGCCUCUGUUUAAAAGCUUCCAAAGAAGGAGCCUCCACCACACUCCAGGGCAGAGAGUUCCACUGCUGAACGGCUCUCACAGUCAGGAAGUUCUUCCUCAUGUGUUUCAUUUCAGUGAGAAUACAUUCCCUUUUGGAAACUACUUAACUAAAUAGUUUAAACCUCCUUCUCUUGGGGAUUUGAAGCAGGAGGCUGAGUGGCUAUCUGUCGGGAAAACUUGGAUUGUGUCUUCCUUUAUGGCAGAAGGGUUGGACUGGAUGGCCCUUGGGGUAUCCUCCAGUUUUAUAAUAAUUCUGCGAAGGAUAAUAAGCAGAGGCUGGAUGGCCAUCUGUCGGGUGCUUUGAUUGUGUCUUCCUUUAUGUCAGAAGGGCUAGACUGGAUGGCCCUUGGGGUCUCUUCUAUUUCUUUGAUUUUUAUGCUAAUUCUUGGGGGAGGCUUUGAAGCAGAGGCUGGAUGGACGUCUGCUGGGAGUGCUUGGAUUCUGUCUUCCUGCAUGGCAGGGAGUUGCUAUAGUAGGCUCUCUCUGUGUCUGAAUAAAAUCUGAAUAUGUAACUGUUGCCAAAAUUCCCAGGCUCUGCUAGCUAAAGUCUGAAUAUGUAACUGUUGCCAAAAUUCCCAGGCUCUGCUAGCUAAAGUCUGAAUAUGUAACUGUUGCCAAAAUUCCCAGGCUCUGCUAGCUUCUUGGGCGUGGCCCAACCAAUCAGCUUCGUGCUUUGCAUUUUGAAUUAACACACUUCCAACUGAUUUUUUUACAUGCUCCAACAACCUGGAGGUCUUUGGAUGGCCAUCUGUUGGGAAGGCUUAGAGUGUGUCUUCCUGCCCAACAGAAGGGGGUUGGACUAGAUGGCCCUUGGGGGUCCCUCCCCAAUCGAGAUUUCUAAUAACCAACAAUUGUGGUUGUUUUUUCCUGAAAUGACUGAGAAUCUGAAUAUAUUAUGUGGAUGAUAUCAAAAUUUCCUGCUGCAGGAUCAAGUGCCUUUGUCCCAAACAUCACACAAUAGGAUUGAUGGAUUUGAUCUGAAUUUUUAAUCAUGUUUGUGUUGAAUUCUGUAUGUAUAUUUGUACAUUUUUUAAUUGGAUACCAAUGCUUUUAUGUCAAGUCGCUUUGAGUCCCCUUUCGGGAGAUAAAGUGGAAUAUAAAUAAAUAUAAUAACAAUAAUAGGAAGAUUUAUAAUCUGAUUAAACAUAAAAUAUAUACUUUUU